UGCAUACAAGGUUGUUCAUCACUGCAAUGUUUAUCUCAUAGAAAAGUUAGAAACAUAAAGUUCCAACAAAAGGAGGUUGUUUAAAUUAUGUCAUAUGCAUACAAUGAAAUACAGCCAUUAAGGAUUGUUCUUGGAGAAUUUUUUAAUUAUGUGGAAAUGUUUACAAUAUAAAGUUAGUGAAAGGCUAAAUGUAAAAAACUAUACAUACAGUAUGGUUGUAAUUAUAUGAUAUAUAUGCAUAGAAAAGAAACACACCCAAAAGUGUACAAAUUAUUAUAUGUAAGUGAUAGAACUACAGGUUAUAUUUAUUCUUCUUUAUCUGCAUUUAAAAAAUUAUCUACAGUAUAUAUCUAUUACUUUUAUAAUUAGGGAACAGAAAGCCUAUAAAAAUCUGUCAUUGCCUCCACAGUCCCCCCCACUGUCUUAAGCCCAGACUCAAAUGUAAACUAUUCUUAAUAUGGCCCCUAAACUGGUCUUAGGGUCCUUAGGAAUUUUGAGCCUGCUGGGCUCUUAAUAAAGAAUAAUAAAAAUACAUUUUCAAAAUUAAAAAUCAAGCACCAUGUAGAUAAUGUCAUUGAUAUUCUGAUAAGAUACAAAUUUGGACAUAGUUUGAAGGGUCAGUAUUUCCGACUGGGACAGGCUUCUUCCAGACUUACCUACAUAACCAGCCAAUAUAUGCAUCCCAGCCCUCUACCCAACCCAGGCAAACCAGUUCAUUAGUACCUUUAUGCUCCUCCCUAGUUCCAUCUGCAACUCACCCUUCACUUUAAAAUCCUCCUCUAUUUCCAGGCCAUCUUAUGUGUUGUUGCUGCUAGGAAGUCGGUACUGAUUAUAGCUAAGCAUCAAUCUCCCCACCUACUCAACACCAGUGAGGUGUGGACAAUGAAAUCUCAGUGAGGUUUCAUUGUCUAUGUAGAACAGAGCUUGAGAAAUGAAGAGAUGAGUCAUCCUGUGGCCUAGGCUUUUCUCACAUUAAGGCCUUAAUGUUGCCUUUGAGCUUCUGGGAUCUUUCCUAGCUCUAAACACAGCUUCCUUCCUUCCUAGCCUAUUCUCCAGAUGGCUCUUAGGAGCCCUCCUGGAACCCCAGGUCUGCAGCACAUUCCUCUUUCUCCAAAGAACUGCUUCUCUUUGCCUCUGGCCUUCAACUCACUUGUGAUGUCAGCCUCCCUAGGCCAGAAUACUCUUCACACAUUAAUAUUAAAAUUGGGAGAAAACACCUGCCUCUCCAAAAAAGAUCCAUGUCCAGACAGUUUCCCAAGCCAUACCUUAUGCCUAGACCCUUCCAGAAACAAGCUGUUCAGCUCUAGUUUCUCAGCUUCUCCUAGGAGCCAGCUCCCCUAGCCCCCUCCCCUCAGUUACAUAGCAUUGUUUCUAGCACCAUGCAGCUAUAUCCAUCCAUACUGAUUUGUAAGUCCUGGUGGAUUUCAGCCAAACCUCUUAACCUUGUCAUUCAAGGCCCUUCACUGGCUGGCCCCAAUUUCCCUUUCCCAUCCUCAUCUCUCAGUCCUCCCUUCCAUUUCCUUUUGCUCCAGUCCUGACCCAUCCAACUCCCCGGUCUCCUCUGAGCACACUUUGUACCUUGUAUUCCAAUGCUUUGUCUCAUGCUCUUCCUCUCCCGAAAAUGCUUAUACCCCACUCCACUGUUGUUCUGCUUCUCUGCGGAAAGUCUGUUCAUUUUACAAUCACCCCUUCUUUUUUUCUACCAUAGACCUUAUCAGUCUGCCAGUUAGAUGUUUAAUUGCCUUUCCAUCAUGGUGGGGCUAAGUUUCAAACAGCUCUGAAUUCCCCAGCACUAGCACAGUAUUCCUUUAAGUAAUUGCUUUUCUGUGAAUUCUCCUCCCUAUCCCUAUGGACUGGAAAGUCCUGAAGGUAGAUCUUUAUCCUUCCACAUCCUGACCUCCAUCUGAGACAAGGCUCACUAGUGGAUGUGAGAAAGAUUCUGAGGUCUCUCUUUAACUCAGCAAACAUGUCCAUAUUUGCUGGGAAACAGCGAUUCCUUUUUCACUCAAAAUGAUAUGGUUAUCCUGAGGAUCACUCUUCAGUGCCACAAUUCUAAAAUGGGAAGAGCACUACGUGCCUUAUCUACUUUGCCAGGACGCUGUCCCUGACUGUGAUAAAAAGCAGAGCAACCAUAGGCACAGGAGCUGAUGACGGGAGGCAUGAGGUCACUGGGACCAGGAACGGGGCAUGCCCAGCAGUGGAUCUGUGCUCUCAGAGGCCAGGCAAGGGCCAGAAGCUCCCUUACUCAGCGUAGUUAGUGAGAAUGGGGAACUUGCACUCAGCAAGCGAGGCAACAAAGCAAAAGCAACACAGAAGUUUGCAGAGGCAGUAGCAGAAAAAGGAACAAGCUCAAACAUUUUCCCACUUGUUAAACAAGUUAGUGGUUCCUUUAACAAAACAAGCGCUACUGUUAUUAAGUUCAUACAUUUGACCAAAAGUUUUUUCACUGGCUGCUUAGGUGGGGGGAGAGGAAAGAAAGUUUGUUUACUUUACUAUAGGACUUUGAGGAAGUUACUUAAUCCUCAAGUGUCAGUUAUCUGGUCUGUAAACUAGGGAAAAUAGCACCUAUCUCAAAGUUGUGAGAAUUCACUGGAAUGAGUCACAUAAAUUGUCUAGCAAUUAGUUGUAGUUAUAACUAGUUAUAAUACAAUAUAAUAAAAUAUAAUACUUAGUUCUUAGCCAUCCCUUAUGCACAGCUCUAGUUCUAUGGAAGAAAUAUGGAGAUUUCUCAAGGAACUAAAAGUAGGUCUGCCAUUCAAUCCAGCAACCCCACUACAAAGUAUCUACUCAAAGGAAAAGAAAUCACUUUAUAAAAAAAGACACCUGCAUUCAUAUAUUUAUCACAGUGCAAUUCACAACUGCAAAUAUAUAGAACCAAUAUAAGUGCCCAACAACUGAUGACUGGAUAAAGAAAAUGUAUGUGGGGCAGGGCCUGUGGCUCAGUGGGUAGGGCAUAGGCCCCAUAGACUAAGGGUGGCAGGUUCAAACCUGGCCCCAGCCAAAAAAAAUAGCUGGGGGCGGCGCCUGUGGCUCAGUGGACAGGGCACCGGUCCCAUAUACUGAGGGUGGUGGGUUUGAACCCAACCUCGGCCAAACUGCAACAAAAAACAGCCGGGCGUUGUGGCAAGCGCCUGUAGUCCCAGCUACUCGGGAGGCUAAGGCAAGAGAAUCGCCUAAGCCCAGGAGCUGGAGGUUGCUGUGAGCUGUGACGCCACAACACUCUACCGAGGGCGACAUAGUGAGACAGGGUCUCACUUAAAAAAACAGGCAGUGUCUGUGGCUCAGUGGGUAGGGCACUGGCCCCAUAUACCGAGGGUGGUGGCUUUGAACCCAGUCCCAGCCAAACUGCAACAACAACAACAAAAAUAGCCGAGCAUUGUGGCAGGCACCUGUAGUCCCAGCUACUCGGGAGGCUGGGUCAAGAGAAUCACCUAAGCCCAGGAGUUAGAGGUUGCUGUGAGUUGUGUGAUGCCACGGCACUCUAUUGAGGGCAAUAAAGUGAGACUCUCUCUACAAAAAAAAAAAAAAAAAAAAAGAGGGCGGCGCCUGUGGCUCAGUCAGUAGGGCACCGGCCCCAUAUGCCGAGGGUGGCGGGUUCAGACCCGGCCCCGGCAGAACUGCAACCAAAAAAAAAAUAGCCGGGCGUUGUGGCGGGCGCCUGUAGUCCCAGCUGCUCGGGAGACUGAGGCAAGAGAAUCGCUUGGGCCCAGGAGCUGGAGGUUGCUGUGAGCUGUGUGAGGCCACAGCACUCUACUGAGGGCCAUAAAGUGAGACUCUGUCUCUACAAAAAAAAAAAAAAAGAAAAUGUAUGUGUGUGUUUAUGUAUGUAUAUGUGUAUAUGCAUAUGUAAUGGGAUACUACUCAGCCAUUAAAAAGAAUGAAAUAAUAUCUUUUGCAGCAACUUGGACAGAAUUUGAGACCACUAUUCUGAGUGAAGUGACCCAGGAACAAAAAAAUAAAUACUGCGUGUUCUCACUUGAAAGUGGAGGCUAACAAAUGAGUAUAUAAAUACUGUUUGUUUUGUUCUGUUUUUUGUAGAGACAGAGUCUCACUUUAUCGCCCUGGGUAGAGUGCCAUGACGUCACACAGCUCACAGCAACCUCCAACUCCUGGGCUUAGGUGAUUCUCUUGCCUCAGCCUCCCCAGUAGCUGGGACUACAGGUGCCUGCCACAACGCCUGGCUAUUUUUUUGUUGUAGUUUGGCUGGGGUCAGGUUUGAACCCACCACCUUCACUAUAUGGGGCCGGCGCCCUACCCACUGAGCCACAGGGCGCUGCUCUUUUUUUUUUUUAAAGACAGUCUCACUCUGUUGCCCAGGCUAGAGUGCCAUGGCCUCAGCCAGCUAACAGCAACUUCAAACUCCUAGGUUCAAGUGAUCCUCCUGCCUCAGCCUCCUAAGAACCUAGGACUACAGGUGCCUGCCACAAUGCCCAGCUAAUUUUUUUACUUUUAGUAGAGAUAGGAUCUUGCUCUUGCUCAGGCUGAUCUCAAACUCCUGAGUUCAAGUGAUCCUCCCACCUCAGCCUCCCAGAGUGCUAGGAUUAUAGGCGUGAGCCACCGCACCUGGCCUAUAAAAUGUUUUAAAAAUUUGCUGGACGUGGUGCCAUGCACCUGUAGUCCUAGCUACUUGGGAGUGUGAGCCAGGAGGAUCGCUUGAGCUCAGGAGUUCAAGGCUACAAUGAGCUAUGAUUGUACCACUGCACUGCAGACUGGGCAACAGAGACAGACCCUUCAUCCUAAAAAAAAAAAAAAAAAUCCAUGAAGAUUCUCAAUCAGAAGGUCUGGGUUAAGGCCUGAGAUUCUGCAUUCUAACAAGCUUCCAGUAAUCUGACAUUGCUGGUUCUGGGACCACAUUUUGGAUAGCAAAAUUCUAAAGCAUCUCUACCUAAAAGAAGGCUCCACCAGCAAGAUUCAUUUAAGUAAAUUUCAAUAAUUGGCACAGACAAAUAGACCAGUGGCAACUUUUCAAUUUCUGUGAGAAUGUACCCUUAUUUCGCCCCAGGAAAAGGCAGCUUGGAUGAGGGCCAAAGGGAGAGUUGGCCCCAACCUUUGAGAAGCCAGAGUCUAGGAUCCAAUUUCCCAAAGAAGUAGAGUUUGCUGUGUGAGGCAGCACAAACCCCAAACUAAAUUCCAGCAAAGUUCACUUACUGAGGGAGGUUAGACCUCAGUAGGCUUGGGUGGGUUAAGCUGGGAAGCUGCCCCAUUCUCUCUACCUUUUUCCUACAUGCAUUUAAAUACCAAACCUUUACUGAUGAUCCACUAAUAAACUGCAAGUUCUGAGGGAUUCAAAGAAGAAUCAGAUUUGGCCAUUUGAGCUCCAGGAGGAGGAAUUCACAGUGGGAAGCAGAAUUGUAAAAUAAAGUACAACGUGAAGUGGUAAGUGCUAAUAAACAUUUAUGUACAGAGAUGAGCCAGCAUGAAGGAGCAAUGCUAAGAGCUUCCCAGAGCAGCAGCCGCUGUGGGAGCUACAUGAGACGUCCCUAAUACUUGCAAGUAAGGGACACGCCCUAAACAAAAAUUCCUUGCCAGGGCCAGCCAGUGAUGAUAACAAGUAUGCUUUGAGGCCUUGAAGCCCUUGAAACCAAGACCCCAUAUUCCAGAGGCUUAACGUGGGAAACGCUUCCUAUGUUUGUGCCCCUAACCUCCAGCUUUAUAUUACCAAUAAAUCCAAAGAAUCGAGAGACUUUUAGGGGCAGCACCUGUGGCUCAAAGAAGUAGGGCACAGGCAUAUGCCAGAGGUGGCGGGUUCAAACCCAAACCCCAGCCAAAAACUGCAAAAAAAAAACUUUUAGAGGAUGAGAUCCUCCAAAGGGUGAAGGUGACCAUUAUCUUAUUCCAGAGCUCUAGUACCCACAUCCUAACCCGUGCCGAAACCCAACUGAUCAUUUCUCUAGCUACAGAGAGCUAGAGAAAUCUUUACCCUUUGUCAUAUUGACAAAGCUCUUUAUUGGCUUAACCCAUUGCACUGCUAGAUCUAAAGGCUAUAAUCCCUAGACUAAGAAGUAGGUCUCCGGUUGGGGUAGGGAGCCUCAGCCAAUGCAGGAAGGGUAGAAGACUGAUAGCCUGCUCUCACCCUACUCCACACAGACCAGCUUUCAGGGGAGCUCAGGAACUGAUACUCAAUCCCAAUUUAUCUUUUCCUUUUCUUCCAUCUCAUAUAUAGAAACACUUACAAGAGAAGUUCAGGAGCCUAAGGGAGCAGCUGAGGAGGAAACGGAAGAGAUGGGGAGUGGAAUCAGUGCUGAGGACAAAGAACUGGCCAAGAGGUCCAAGGAGCUAGAAAAGAAGCUGCAGGAGGAUGCUGACAAAGAAGCCAGGACGGUCAAGCUGCUGUUGCUAGGUGCUGGGGAGUCAGGAAAGAGCACCAUCGUCAAACAGAUGAAAAUCAUUCACCAAGACGGCUACACGCCAGAAGAAUGCCUGGAGUUCAAGUCUGUCAUCUAUGGGAAUGUGCUGCAGUCCAUCCUGGCUAUCAUCCGGGCCAUGUCCACACUGGGCAUUGACUAUGCUGAACCAAGCUGUGCGGAUGAUGGGCGACAGCUGAACAACCUGGCUGACUCCACUGAGGAGGGAACCAUGCCUGCUGAGCUGGUGGAAAUCAUCAAGAAGUUGUGGAAGGAUGGUGGGGUGCAAGCCUGCUUCGAGAGAGCAGCAGAGUAUCAGCUCAAUGACUCAGCAUCUUACUACCUGAACCAACUAGAACGAAUUACAGACCCUAACUACCUUCCUAAUGAACAAGAUGUGCUACGAUCCAGAGUCAAAACCACAGGCAUAAUUGAGACCAAGUUUUCUGUCAAAGACUUGAAUUUCAGGAUGUUUGAUGUGGGAGGACAAAGAUCAGAGAGAAAGAAGUGGAUCCACUGCUUUGAAGGAGUCACCUGCAUCAUUUUCUGUGCAGCGCUCAGUGCCUAUGAUAUGGUGCUGGUUGAGGAUGACGAAGUGAAUCGUAUGCAUGAGUCUUUGCAUCUGUUCAAUAGCAUAUGUAACCACAAGUUCUUUGCGGCUACUUCCAUUGUCCUCUUUCUCAACAAGAAGGACCUAUUUGAGGAAAAAAUCAAGAAAGUCCAUCUCAGCAUUUGUUUUCCAGAGUAUGAUGGGAACAACUCCUAUGAGGAUGCAGGGAAUUAUAUCAAGAGCCAGUUUCUUGACCUGAAUAUGCGAAAAGAUGUCAAAGAAAUCUACAGUCACAUGACCUGUGCUACAGAUACACAGAAUGUCAAAUUUGUAUUUGAUGCAGUUACAGAUAUUAUUAUCAAAGAAAACCUCAAGGACUGUGGACUCUUCUAAUCCUCACCAUUUCUCAGGGAUAGUCUACAAACAAGACUGGAAUCUGAGUAAUUUGAAGCAGACAAUUAUAGUCAGUGUACCAUGACACAAGGAAUGAAUUCUCCUUUGGAGAUGGAAUAUGUAUGAUUACAAUUGUGUCUCAUACCUUCUGUUUAAAGUGGGAUAGCUAGUGCGAUUUACAGAGCUCAAUGCCAAGAGUCAGAAGACCCAGUCACUUAAAACAAAAUGUAAUACUUAAUACAAAAUUAAGUUAUCCAGCAACUUAAUACAAAAUGUAAAUACUUCAUUUCUCUGAGUCUUGAGCCCCCCAACUAUAAAAUGAAGAUAAUUUCCCUACCUACUUCACAGGGUUAUUCUGAGGAGUACAUAAAGGUUGUGGUUAAGAGUCAUAGAAAUAAAUCUAGUAUAAAUGCUGCCAUUUGUUAAAUUCAGCUCCUGAU